AUGGAUAUAGAAUCGGAUGGCUCGGAACGAUGGGAGGACUUUUUCGGAAGUAGCACCGACAUCGGCCCCUCGGUACUCGGCUACUUGGAUACGCUGGCGGAAAACUUUAGCGAAGAGGCGAAGCAGCUGGUGGAACAGUCGCUGGUGAACAAUGGCACCGCCGCUGACUCACCCCUGCUGGCCGCGAACAGUGUGGCCGGGUCCCGGGUGAUGACCAAAGAUAAAGUAACAGUUGGCAGCUGCGCCACCACCGCUGCCGCUGGACGAAGCGCAGGCAACGAGGCCACCGGCAGCAUCGUUCCGAAACCGAGGAGAGCGACCAAGGCGGCGGCGGCCCCGUCACCUUUGACAAAAUCACUUUCUCCACCGCGCACUGCCGGCCAGCACCGAUUCUGCUGGAACCCAUCGCCCACCGUGCAGCGUUUGGUGGCGAAUGAAUUGACCGGCGCAGAAGAAACGCAGCUAGAAUGCAGCCGUCACGCACAACCUGCCGUUCGCAAACACGCACCAGCAGCAGCAGUGGCCGGCGUGUCGUGUCACAAGAAUUUGCCAUUAUCGAAAAGCAUGGCCAAACUAACGCACGCCAACAGUGAGCCACUGUUCGCGGACGACGGCCACGGCGAGGCGGCGCUAUCGAAACGGCACGAUCGCCAACUUUCGCCCCGGGCGACGGACGUCUGCAGGCAGAUGGACGCGCGCGAGGAUCGAAAUGGGAAUCCAGCAAACGGUGCUGCUGGUCAUGAUGACGAUGAUGAUUCAGGUGAAAUGCAGAAUGUCUCGGCACUGCAGCGAAAAAUCCGCUCACUAACGGUGGACCUGGAAAAAACCGAUGCCGAAGCCGAUGUACCGCCACCGCAAGCGAUUGUGUCGUGCGAUGCAAAUCAAGAGGACACGUUGCCGUCCACCUCCGUGGUGCUGUUGCGCAGGAAUUCCAGCGAACGAAUCGAUCACUCACGGGAUGAGCAUAACACCGGUGGCGGUGGCAAUGCGUUCGUCGAUAAUUGUGUUGACUUAUCCGAGCAUCGCAAUACGGUCGUUGAGGCGCGCAACCUUUCCAUCCGCAAUCCGACGCCAGACGGGACGCCCGAUCGCCAGCGACGCAGCAGGCAGCAGCCGGGGCAGCAGCCGAUCUCCUGCUCCAAGCGGAGAAACGACUCGAACCGGAAGCAGCCGCCACCUGUGUGUGGUGAGGCUCUUUCGGAUGGCACUCCGAACCAGUCGACACCGAGCCUGGAUCUGGCCGCCGGUAGUUCCGGGUACUCGAGCAAAGUGUCACUGCUGAUGGUGUCCCCGGGUACGCCGGUCUUGAGUUCGCGGCCCCUCUCCUCAUCGUCCCUGUGCUCGUACUCAUCCAGCACCAGUUCCUCCGGAUCGGAGGGUCGCCUGGUGGGUGGAAAGUGCAGUGCACCGUCGUACCAGGCGAGCGUCGAAAGUUUGGCCGACCACAGCGAGCCGGAACACCCGCUGAAGGGGGGUGCAGGGCCGGUCGCUAGCAGCGCUAGCGUUCUCGGUGCAGUCGUGGGAUUGACCAUGUGCGAGCGGGCCGUUCGGGAAAUAAUCGAUUCCGAGAGCAGCUAUGUGAAGGAUCUUGGUCAAGUGAUUAGAGGCUACCUGGAAGACUGGAAAGAACGGGCCUGUCUGAAGCAGGACCAGCUGAAGGUGUUGUUCAGCAACAUUCAGGAAAUUUAUGAUUUCAAUUUCAAGCUACUAAAUCGGCUGCACGAAGCCAAAGGCGAUCCGAUGCGGAUUUCCAACUGUUUCAUCGAUCUGCACGCGGAAUUCAGCUGCUAUACCAGCUACUGCACCAGCUAUCCGGAAGCAAUUUCCCUGCUCACGACACUGCUGCAGGCAACCCAUACGAAUGCGCUGCUGGUGUCCACCCAGAAGCUGCUUAAACAUACGCUCCCGCUGGGCUCGUAUCUACUGAAGCCGGUGCAACGGAUUCUGAAGUAUCAUUUGCUGUUGGAUAAUCUCCGGAAGCACUGCAGCCACCAGCAGGUGGUGCUGGCGUACGAGCUGAUGAAGCAAGUGGCGCACAACAUCGAUCAGGUGAAAACGAAGCUCGAUCAGCACCGGCUGGUGAAGGAACUGGCCGGCGUGCUGGACGGUUGGCUCGGCCCGGAUCUGUCCGUGCUGGGCGAUCUGCUGCACGAGGGACGCCUGCUCGAGCAGGGCAAGGCCCGGUUCGUGCUGCUCUUUCAGACGAUGCUCAUCAUCACGAAGCCGAAGGAAGACAAAAGGCUCCAGUUCCGCGCCUACAUACCGUGUAAGAACCUGAUGCUGGUGGAGCAUUUGCCGGGCGAGCCGGCCAGCUUCAAUGUGAUUCCGUUUGACGAUCCGAAGGGCGUGAUGAAGCUUACGGCACGGCACCGCGAGGAGAAGCGGCUUUGGACGCAGCAAAUCAAACAGGCCAUGCUCGAGCACUACGAUAUUCCGAAGCGUGCCAAGGAACUGGUGCUGCUGUUGGGCGAUGAAGAUGAACGCUUCACAGACAAACCGUACUGGAAGCGGCCCACCAACAAUUCGCCCGUGCCCGAGUACCUGGAACGGCGCCAGCAGUUCCGGCGCAGCGAGAUGCGGAUGCGCUCGAAGAAGAAUUUGCUCAAAAAAGAUUCCGCUACAUCGCUCGGUGGCGCUGUGGGAAGCCAGCAGCCUCGUGGCGCUCUAUCGACACCAUCGUUCCGGUCUUAUUCGAGUGAGUUUGAAUGUGCCCCCGCUGGCCACGAAGCUACGACGGUCGUCACUGGUGGGGAGCAGCCAACCGUUGCCACGAAGGGCAAAGCACCGGAUGAGUGCAAGUGCGAUGCGGUCAAAAAGCAGUUGCAGGAAGAGAUAAAACACCACCGGCCGGAGAAGGGCUCAAAGGGCGGGCCGAUUAAACCGCCACGGCACCGCACGGACUCGGUCAACGUUGAAGAGGAAGAGGAGGAGCUGUUGCUGUUAAAGUCCCUGAACGAGCGCCGGAAGCUGACCAAUCCGAUGCGCCGCAACAGUAAGGUGUCGAAGGAAAGCCUGGCGGUGAUCAAGGCCUACAAUAGCACCAUGAUUCCGAAGCGCAUCAGUGAGAUGCGCAAACGCAGACCAAAGACACUGACCGGCAGCUCCACGUUUUACACCGAUUUGGAUUUUACAGAGGAUGCCACGGACACAGCCAGCACCAGCAGCGCUGCGCCGGAUGUGUUGCCAUUGUGCCACGAGUCGGAAACUACGACGCCGGACGACGAUCUGGCAAAGGGUGGCCCCACAGGAAGAAUGCCGCAGACGACGACCGCCUCGGCGUCGCCACCACCGUCAGGUGACCAGCAGCAUAUGAAGGACUCGGAGAUCAUCUCCAAGCUACUGUUGGACGUGGAACAGUUCAACAAAAUGUUCCACAAGCAACCGAAAAAGAAGUCUUCGUCCGACACGGUCUCCUUGCGCCGCCAUGGGUCCGUCGGCGAGAGGAAGCCGGAACCGCCCAGCACGGAGCCACCGUGUGAGGAAGAUGGCAAUAGCAGAGUAUCUUCCGCUCCGGUGGCAAUUCAGCGUAGCGUGUCCGAACCGGCGCAACCGGAAGCGGAACCGAUCUACGAAUCUUUACUACGGAACGUACACGUCCCCUAUAAGUAUGCUCCUGCGGCACUGGCCAGACACUCGUUGCCGUGUGGUGAAACCGGCGGCAACGUCCCGGAUUCGAUUCUACCACCGAGAGCAGGUGUGCAAUCCGCAGCAGCAGCAGCAGCCGCCGGUACGGCAAGAACCCGUCCGGAAUCGGAUUACGUUACGUUGGCCUACUCGGAACUCGGCUUGCUCCAGGGAAUCGCCCCAGCGGAGGGUGAUCAUCUCGAAGCGGCGGAGUGUGGGGAGAAGGAACGAACCACUGCGGGUCAGCUGUUGCGCAGCAGUGACACCAACAUCAGCUACCAUCGAGAAGUGGUGACUGCCACCGAGCCACUCCGGUCUGGCACCGAAGAGGAGGAACGGCAUGCUAUCGAUGGCGUACCGUCCGACACUCGAUCGGAGAUUGUCCAUUCCUACGAAGAGCCGCUGCCGGCGAAGGCACUCGAGCGGCAGGGCAGCCUCAGUAUGAAGGGUAGCGCCGGUGGGCAAAAGAGCAUCCUGCAGCGAUUCAUUUCACUGCACACGUCUCCGACGGCGUCGUGCGGUAGCGAUAGUAAUCUGCUGCGCUUCCCUCCCCUCCACCGGAAGCUGUCCGAGCCGAACGCGGGCGGGCGGUCGACGGGCGAAAUGGGAUCGCUCGGACACAUCUACAAGCAGGGUAGCAUGGAUUUGGGUUCCCGCAUUGCGCACCUAGACUAUGCCGAUCCGCGGACCCUGUUCCCCACGCAACCCUGCACCUCGCCAGCCACGCUGGCGAGCGCUGGGAAUGUCCUUAUCAACCGGGUAUCGAUGCAAUCGGUGUCGUACAAUGCGCUGGCUUCCGGGGAGCAACAGCGGGACUCGAUGCUGGCUUCCAGCUCGUCGUCCAGCGACAGCGUGUGCGAGGACCAACAACCGGUGCUCGCUCUGAGCGAACGGCACGACGACGAGGACGACGAAAACUGCUGUUUCUACGAGCGCACCGUGGAGGAGUGUCUCGAGCACGACUUUCGAGACUCGGCCGUGUACAGCGGUGACGACAACGAUCGGCGAACCGGCGCCGGCGGACACGCGUUCUACGAAACGCCGUCCGAUUCGUUCCUAAAGCCCCCGCCGCCGUCCCCGCAAGGCACCUUCAGCGGACAUCCGCCGCCUAUUCCGGCCAAACCAAGCCACCUCGGACUCGGUCGCACAAAGUAUCGACUAGAGUCGGGCGUUGCCGCGGUCCAGGCGAGCUCGGACCCUUCUGCUCCUUCCAUCAAUCCGAAACCCAGCAGCAGCCGCGGUUGGGUGCUUCAGCAAGUCAGACGCUUUCAGUGAAGAGGCCGCUGCAGAGCAGCGUGCGCCGCGCUGGUAAGCAUUAACUCAACUUCCUUUACGUCCCCCCGUUAGUGUUUAUUUUGCCAUUCAGCAUUUUAGUGAGCCGUUACGUGUGUGGUGAUUACUACUACUACUGAUCGACUGCGAUCUUGUAGCCAAAGAAAACGAGAGAAAGAGCUAUCGGUCGGUCGAAAGGGCAGUACGGUACGGGGAAUAGUAUAUCAUGUAUCUCUCUCGGAUCAGUACUGUAUUUGCGUGUGCGUGGAUCCGCUAUCCACCGUCAUCGUGCAAACCAACUCCCCCUAGUGAAUUAAUUAGUAAAAUUAAUCCCCUACUACACAAAGUGGAAUCACCCAAUCCCCAAUCGCCCAGGCAGUCCCGUGAUGCUAAAAGCUAACAAAUGCCUGUUCCCUAGCAGAGCGCCGCCAUCGAAGGACUUCCCCACAGGCGGAGGAAGAAAGAGAGAGGGAGAGUUUUAGAUUAGGUUAGUGGCAAAAAGUGGCAAAUUCCUCCGCAUCGCAAAACAUACGUUUUGCGGGAUCGUUGGACCCUAGCACACGGUAUUUAUGUUGUUGUUUAAGAUUAUUUGUUUGAAAACUCUAUCCACCCCGAAUGGCCCGGCACAUAUCUAGAGA